AAGUAAAUGCAUAUUUUAUUGGAAAUUAAAUGAGUGAAAUGUCCAAACUAGAUCUUAACGAUGAUUGCCUGUACGCAAUAUUCGAGCAGAUAAAACUUAAUUGUGAACUAAAUGGAAGAAGGGUGACAGAGGACAACAUUCGAUACGCAGAUCUUAUUCAAUUUGUAAUCUGCAGCUAUCGUUUCGCUGCAGCCUUUUUGGACUGGAGCCUUAAUCUGUUUAAGCGACUCGAAAUCGUUUCAACAUUUCAUAUUAAUCGCACAAGUGCUUAUAUUUUAUUCCCAAUAUAUUACAAUCGAAUCAAGAAGUCUACCAAAACAGAAAAGGAAGCAUACUGCAAUCUCUUCGCCAAUGCCCUAAAGCAUAAUACUAAGCUCCAUCUUGUGGACGAUGAGAGCUCUUCAACAUAAUAGCACCUUGAGAAAACCAGAGAUUAAAAUGAAUCUGUAUUCCCUAGACAAUCUGCUGGGCUUCAGUAAUCUGGAGAUCCUGGAACUGGGUGUAAAAUGGAUGCCCGUACCUUGGUCGACUGCGUCAAAUCUCCGAAUCUCCGUGAGCUUGCCUUUAUGAGCACCGAAAUCUUAGGGAGACUCGCUGACAUUGUGCCAUACUGAAAAAAAAUCUAAAGAUUCAAAGAUUUCGCAUGAAGUCUGGUGUGGAUGCCACCGAGUAUGCAUCACUGGGGACGCUGGAAAAUCUGGAGUCGUUGCAAAUAUAUGGACAGCACCGAGUCGGUUCAUUAGCACCACUGUUCAACUCAUUGGCCACCAAAAUGUCGAAGGGGCUGGAGCGAUUAUCUAUCCACGAAGCUAAGAUACAUUUUGAUGAAAUCAAUGAACUGGCCACAGUUCGAUAUUUGGAUCUCCUUACCUCGCGCACUCAACUGGAGCCUGAUGAGGCUCCCGACCAUAUUAAGUUUAGUCUUGUUGAUAAGAAAUCGAAGAGGCUUGACUUAUUUAUCGACAACCAUGCCUGCUCUUCAGUCCUUUAUGCCUUUGUAUCAAAGCUGCACAAUUUGCGAGGGACUUGCAUAGAUGAAAGCCAAGCAAGUGGUGCAUUGAGAAACCUAUUCCAAGGUCUCGCUUCUAGAGAGAACCAAACUCUUCAGAAAUUGGACCUGGGACGCUAUGACUUCGACAUCGACUGCGAGCAAAUGACAUACAUAGCUAAAAUUAGUUCAUUAAGAUUUUUACGAUUUCGCAUUUAUUUGGUGCAGCUCAAGGAACUGCGAGCUCCAGACAUCAGCUCCAAAAUUCAUAUACCAUCUGAUAUUUGCAAUUCUUUGCAUAGCCUAGAGGCUGAUCAACCAGUGAAGAGAUCUGUUAACGAUUUAUCACUAACAAACUCACAAAAGGAUUUUCUGGAUCAUGCUGAUAAACAGGCGAUUACACUUAUUGGCCAUUUUUCGUAUCUCAAGCAAAUGCUGUCACGCUCCAAGUUCGGAGUUGAAAAUAACCGUAUUUUAAUUUUUGGAUAUCACGUGAGCUUCGACGCUAAAAACAAGAUGGUCGUCAGCGUCAGCAUUUGUAUAGCUUCACCGAUUCCCGGCCAGUUCAAUCAAAGCUAACAACGGCAACGGCUGGUUGCAUCUUUUGCAGGAGGCGAAAAUGUGGGAGAUGGUCCACAACUCGCCCUCAAGCUGAUCGGAGAUGAUUAACGGAAAAGUGGUGCUCGUGUAGUCGAAAGGCAACGAGUCCGAGAUAUUUCUGCCCCACAUUUCCUGCGCCUAUGUUUCCAUGAAACACUUUGCAGCCAGCGAACUUUUACAAUUCUCGCGCUUGAUGUGAAUCCGGUCCCAACGCUGCGACGAGCCAAGCUAAGUCGAAAAUUCAUCCCUUGAGUGAACACUGCCUCUCCAGGAGUAGUGACCCAGGCCUCUAGAAUCAAAAUUAUUAUACAUUUUAUUCGAAAUCAUGUACUACAAACCAAACAAACCAUCCAAAUUCUCUAUGAAGCUCAUGUUGGGCCAGAACGCUGUCUUGGUUGAGUAUCCGGGCAUGGAGCCGCAGCUGUUUAUGCCCGUCUUACUCAACAAUGACGUCGUCUUCAAAAACGUUGUGCUCGAUCCCAAGAAUCCGCUUGUAGGAAAGGAGCCACCAAGGCAAGAUUUUCCUGUCCGACAGAAGACAGCUGUGCCCUCGCGUUCUCUGCCCAAUCGUGUGGUAAGCCAGAAAAAGAAGAAGACCAUCAGCAUCAAAAGCGAACAGUCACCUCAAAUCCAAGGCAAAAAGGUCAUUCAACAAGUUCCCUUGGAGAAGUCAGUUCCUCAAAAGAAGGAGAUAUCGAGGAGAGUCGCCCCCAAAAUCCAGCCUAGUCGACAGUGCAGCAUCACUCGAGAAAUGCUGAAGAAGCAGGGCAUCACAGGCACUCCUCCACCAUUCGAUGUCAUUCGCAAACUCUUUUACCUGGAUAGAGGCAACAACGGAAGUCAAGGAACAGCCAGUCGUCUCCGUUAACAGAUAGACCCCCUGCAUAAGAUGAAUAUACUUCACAGUGAUCACUCAAAGAGGAGCUGAGACAAUUUUUGAUCACUACGAAGUAGAUUUACCUUCGGGGGAUCUUCAGGGCACUCGAUCGUCAAUUUAAAUUGUUUAUAUGUGAAUACAAAUUACAAAUGUCCGAUUAACAAAAUAACGGAAACACCAUCUAAUAAAUUGUUUAGGUUGUAAUUUCGAACAUUUUAUAACUAUUUGAUAUUAAAAUUGCAAGCUUUUAAAGCUUUUUCAUCGACUGCCACACACACCCCCCAAGUAAAAAGCUUUCCAGUCGCGAAUCAGCUGUUUUUGUUUGAAAACUUUAAGAUAGGUCAGUUCCAUAAUACAUAUGUAUAUGGUACACGUCAAGCCGGCCUCUUAGCGUGAGAAUAUUUCACAAUAUUAGUCAUAUUUUUAAGUUCAGACGUGGCCAAAGAACAUUUCUGAAUGCAAAGUUAAUUUUACUGUCAGUUCUGCAACGAUCGCUUCCGAAAUGGGUGCCUCCAAUAUACUGGAGCUCUACGAUGACUGUCUCAAUUACAUCUUCGACUUUUUGCCGUCACAAGAUUGCCUAAGAUUGGCCCAAGUUUGUAUUAGAUUUCGUCAAAUAUUUGUUAGUCAAUGUGGCAGACGGUUCCGCGAAUAUACGAUCGAUGAGAAUAGUUCUAGGGAGGAGCUGAUACAGCUUUCUAUUUGCCGCGAGGUGGUGCAAAACUUCACCAUAGAUCUGCAUAAUUUUGACAUGUCGGUUAUCACCAACAAAUAUAGUUGUAAUACUCCGACCGUUUUCUUCGACAUACUCUGCUCCACAUUGGCGGGAAUGCACCAGUUGGAGCAUUUAAAUGUGAAGCAGCUUAAAAUACUCGUCACAAUCAUUGAGAGGCCCGUCGAUCAAAUUCUAACCGCAGUAAGACAGCUGAAAGAUCUGAGAAGAUUGAAAAUUCAUUCAAUAUUUGACUGCAGCGUACAACGUCUGGGCGAGCUGCAGCACCUUGAAGAACUUCACUUGCACGUACCACAGAUUGCGUCAUCUACUCUGGUCAAAUGCUGCAAAUCCAACUCCAGACUUCACAGUCUGCAUCUCGGCUAUGGCUGUGCACAAAGCAACUUGUGCGACAUUGUUCCUCACUGCAAAAAUCUGGAGGUAUUCAAGUUUGGCAUGACAGCGGAAUCCUCAGCCUACAAGGCCCUAGCGCGGCUCCCCAAACUGCGGCAGCUGACGCAUUUUGGCAUAAGAAGAGCGGACUCCUUUGAGCCCCUGCUCACCUCCCUCGCUGACAGACCCCAGCUACUGCACCUAGACAUCGAUGGGGGAAGUAUCAGUCUGCCAGAAACCCGUCAGCUGAUUCGACUACAAAGCUUAGUGCACUUGAAAUGCUUCUGCUCGACGGUUCAGUGUGUGGUUAUGCUCGCCCGACUCUCGCGGCUGGAGGAGCUCUGCCUGUGGAUGACCAGCCCAUUGGACAUCUCGGACGCCCUGCUGGGAAUUAUUGCCAAUUGCGAGAAGUUGAAGUUGCUGAGACUCGCAGCGGGAAAUAUAAAUAAUGACUUUUUCAGCAAUGCCAUGAAAUUGAGUCGGGGUAAAAAAAUACCCCUAAAGCUUGAGAUUCCAAUGCCGUCCCAUAAACAAACAAUUACUGCAGAGAAAUGUUCAACCGAAAGAGAACUGAAUAACUGGUCCGCAUUUUAAGCCGUAAAUUUGGCAGAAGUUUCCAGCUUGUACUGUUGCGUCUAGAUCUAACAAAUUAAAAAUACUCAAGCUAAUUAAAAAAACUAAUAAUAAUAAAAAGUAGCCGCGAAUAGCUUUACCUCUUGAAA